AUGAAAGUAUCAUCCUUCUUCACAAGUCCAAGGACUUUUUUUAAGUCACUCUCGAGAGUAUCAUUUUCAUUUCUCUUGAUUGCCAUAUUCGAGGCCAUCAUCAUUAUAUCCUUUGAAUCCUAUGUUUUUGGUCACUUUUAUGAUUGCCCUGAUUUAAAAUCCAUAUAUUCUAAUUCGCUGUCUGUAAGCCUGACAUUGCUACUGCUUUCCACGAUAUUCUUGGUUUACAUGACACUAGAAGCCCUCCAGACAAAAAAUACUGUACAGGUUGUGGCUUUAUGUUGUUUCCAUAUCGACCUUUUUAUAAUUUCAAUUAUUCAAAUUAGCCAGAUAUACCACAUUUACAGUUUCGCAUUGAGUAAAAAUCAUGAUGGAAAAGCGGAUCCGAUGAAAUUUUACAUGAGCGCGUUUGUUCAUCAUUACUCGAAACUACAUUACCUUUUAAACCUCCCUUCUGAAGUAAAACCUUUUUUCUGCUCUUUGCCUGCUAUAAUUUCCGUCUGCGGUAUUAUCUUGAGUUACCUUGCCUACAUAAUAAAUCGAGAAAAUGGUUGGAUUAUAUACCAAAAGAUUGGACCCGACUUUUGUAUGCGGCGAUGCUAUUUAAUGCAUCGGGUUUUUAUAACAUUGAUUAAGUUUGACUUAUAUUAUUUGCUGGGAACCUCUAUUCAGUAUGCCAUGAUUAUUUCAGAGAUUAAUACGUGCGAACUUAUUUUAACCAUCCUUGUUAUACCUCCUAUGAUUGCUGUGAUAAUUGUGGCCCUAUAUGGUGUUACCUAUGAAUCGCGAGCUGCUAUGUACUUCUCUGAAUUUAUGUUUUUAUUGAAUAUUGCAUAUACUCUCUUUAAGAUAAUCCGAAUGUAUUUGCCUGGUCAAAUACAAAGAUACACAAUUUCUAGCAGGGAAAUUGUUACUACAUUUUCUAUAUUAAGCUUAAUCUUGUUGGUUUUAACCAUGAUUGCUGGAUUCUCUUGUUGUAGUAACUUUAAUAAAGGCCUGAGAAACUAUUUGAUAUAUUUGGAGAACAAGAGAAAGCAAGACGCAGGUUCCGCGUAUUCCCCAAAUUCUCGAAUGACGCUUGAUGAUUAA